GGUCGCUGCGAAGCUCUGAGCGUGUUCUUUUUUUUUAACGCUGCAGCCACUGUUGUUGCUGUUGUUGUUGUUUUUCCCCGCCUCACCUCCCAAUCGAAAAGGGACAGUGGCACGCGCAACGCAGUUGCCAACUGUCAUCAGUGCCUUUUCAUUUCAUUCCUCCCCUCUCUCUGUGUCUGUGUGUGUGUGUGUGUGUGCGUGUGACGACCGAUCGAACAGGAGAGCUUGAAAGCAAAACCAAAGAAAAAGGCCGUCAACAAGCCGGCGUUGAAACGCGAAAGGAAGAGAGAAGAGCACGUAGUAACUGUAGCAGUGCUGCUCUCGGUCGACUCGCAUAUCACAGAACCAAAAGAAAAAGAGAAAGAGAGAAAAACGCAAAAUCGGAAAGACGGAGAGGACGACGAAAUUCGCUGGUUUUGGUUUCUCUAUUAUUAUUAUUAAUAGUACUACACUUGAGUGUUUUCUGGUGUAAACAGAGGAAAGAAGCGGAGACCGAGGACGUUUUCAGCUGCCCCGCCUCUCGCUCUCUCCCUCCUUUGUUGUGUUUUCCUCUGCAGGGACGCCUACGCCGCCUCAUACAAUCUGCCGUAGGCCACGACCAGGUGACGUUUAAAGAAAGGAAAGAAGGAAAGAAAGAAAAAAGCGACGUGAGCUCGUUCAACCAACUGGUGUGUGUUUUACUACUACUACUACUAUCGUUUCAGUCGUGUAGCUUCGUUACUUCUUUUCCUUUUACUCCUUUUUAAAAGUCAUUUAUUUCCUGCGCUGACUCCUCACCGGUGCAGCGCAGGGGGGGGAAGUUUUAAAAAAAAAGGAAAACACGAAGAAAGGGUAAUUCUGCUGCAUAUUAUUUUUUUUUAUUUUCUAAUUUUUACCUUUAAAGCGGAAGUUCAUCUUUUGGUCGUUGUUGUUGUUGUUGUGAAUUAUUUUUCUGCUGCAGCCUCUUUUUUCUCUCUGGAAUUGCCUCGUGCUUCUCUGUGUUUUUUUGUUUUGUUUUCUUGGCUUUUGGUUUACGUUAUUUAUCAUUAACUCCUGCUCAACCGGGUACAGUUUCGUUUUUCCUCCUUUCGUGUUUUUUUUCUCUCUCUGUGUGUGUGUGUGUGUGUGCUUCCUGAGCCGUUUUCCUUUUGAAUCGGAGAGGCGUAGUGCUGCUGUUGUUGUUAUUUUUUGAAAUAGCUGUGUGCGACCGCCGCGUGUGGUUUAGUUUUCGUCGACUGGUGAAUCUGCAGGUCACAUCUUUCUUUCUUUCUUGUUUUCCCCGCUUCUUCAUUCAGGUAGUUUCGCCUUUCUUCUUUACAUAUAUAUAUUUUCCCGUUGUUUUUUUUUUUUUCUAUCUCUUCCCGCUAACGAGGCGUUGCCUCCCCCAACCUCUUCUCCCCCUUCUGCCUUUGAUAACGUGUAUUGUCCCUCUUCACCCCACACACCCACCCCACCCCACCCCUCCUGUCCUUCUUGCGCGUCUACACAAAUUGGACUUCGCCUUCAUUCAAGACACCCCACCCCCAAACAUCACCGCAACAACAAUAACAGCAACGAAAGGAGAAGAAGACGGCCUUUGCCUUUCUCUCCCACUCAUUCACUCACCCUUCUUCUUCCCCACUGAUGCAGAGCGCAUUGGCGAUCACCCCACCACCCCUUCUCGUUAUUUCAAUCGUGCUUGUCUCAUAAGAAAAAGAAACAACAACAACAACAAAAGAAAGUAACGUGUUGUGCUACUGCGACGCAUUUGGUUUACACCGUUGUUGUUGUUGUUGUAUUUUUCUUCCGCGUUCUUUCUCUACAUUAAAAUAAGAAAGGAAAAACUUCUGAUAGCGUUUUAACCGUUGUGUAGAUUGACAACUGUCGAUUGCCCUCCUUUCUCUCUUCUUUCGGUCUUUCUUUGUUAUUUUUCUUUUGAUGUUGGCAGCGACUUAACUUGUUGCCGAUUUGCUUCUAAACUACUUUCUUCAUUUUGGAAUAUAUAUAUACAUAUAUGAAUGUAUUUAUGUAAAUAUGCAUACCUUGUUUUUCUACUAUUGUAUCUUUCGUAUUCCUCUCGUUACUCGCUGCGGUCAUUAAGCUGAACACCACACGCGAGCUUGGUCACUGUAUCCUAUCUCGUGUACCCCGUGUUGCACCCCCCUCCAAAAAAAAAGUUAAAAGCAAAAACAGAUUAUCUUUCGCUUUUGAGUUACAAUACAUCUUAUGUAUACAUACACAGCGAACUCCUCUUCUUCAGUUUUCUCUCUUACCCUCUUCAUUUUCAGUAGUAGUAACAGUAGUAUUAGUUCUGUUUCUCGUUUUCAAUUCCUAUUUUUCUCACCUUCACUGGCGCUGACGAGUCGUCAUUAGCACGCAACGUUCUUUUGUUGUUCUUCUUCUUCUUUUUUACUCCUUAACUUUUUUCUCUACUUUUCUGACUAGUGUUUCUUUCCUGAUCUUCUUGUUUUAUGUCUGUGCGUGCGCGCGCGUGUGUUUUUCCGGUUACUAUAGGUUUCAACAACAACAACAGAAGAAAGACGAAAGAAAGGGACUCAAAAUACAUAUACUAGUAUAAGUGUAGCUAUACAAACGGUCUACAUAGUGUAAUUUAACGAAAGAAAAACGCUCUUCCUCCUCCUCAUUGUUUUAUCUCUUUGCUUUCCACUGUUCUACCAUUUUCUUCUUUACUCUCGUGUGUGACUGCGCACCUAUCGUGUGUUUUUGUUUUUCUUUCCUUUUUUUUUAAUUGAUCUUAUCUUCGUUGGAGCGCUCUGUCUCGUUUGCAUGCGCUCUCCCUCGACAUCUAUCUGAAGAACUCAAGCAAACAACGAAAAGAAAGAAGGCCGGAGAAAGUACCACACGACGGGCUUUUUGAGCUCCACAGCUGUGCCCUUCCCCCAACGCAUCUUCUUUCCUGUUUAUUUUCUUAUCUCCCUUAUUAUCUCUCCGUUUUACUUAUCUUAUUCUCUUUUCGCUUCCUUUUUGUUUGUUUGUUUGUUUGCCUCCCCGGUCGUUUCUUCCGAAGUAUCGCGCUUUGCGUACGCCUGUGCAUUAUUUUUUUAGUUCCUCUUUACGUAUAUUCUAGUUUUCGCGGUUAAAAGAUAUCGUCGUGUCUGUGUCUGUGUGUGCGUGUGUGUGUGUGGCUUUGCAAGUUAUCGAGACGUGAAUUCGAAGUGCAACGGACAGUGUUUUGUUUAUACUUCCUGACUUUUAGAGAUAUUCGGUGUGCGUGUGUGAGUGUGUGUGUUUGUUUGUUCGUCUUCAUUGGUGCUGUUAAAACCAAAAUAAAAAAUAUGGGUGUUGCCUUCAGUCAAGGCACCACAGUGGGCAACCCAUUCACUGGCGUGCGAACCCCUCGACAUACAACGCCGCGUUUAAGCGGGUCACCUUUGCCUUCCUCGCACGGCAUCGUGGGGGCAUCGUCAGACACGGCGGCGCUCUAUCGGAUGCCGGAGCGGACGGCCGACUUUUCCGGGGUGGGUAACUCAGCAGCGUUUCUUUCCUCCGCCGCCGCCGCGCGCGGCAGUGUAUCGCAGAUGGCCUUCGCCCAACAAAUUCAGUUGUGCCUCAAGGCGCUGACGCUGGACUGGGAGAUCGUGGACCGCGAAAUCGACCUCAUCACCGUGCGUGUCGCCGCCGUGCUUCUUACAAGCCGACUGCGCGUGGAGAAAGGCUCAGCCCGAGACACGGAGGGGAGAGAUGACCCCACCAUCGGCGGGCAUCCAGUCAAGGCGCAUUCGGUACUCGCUGAGUGCGCAGGCGAGGCAGCGACAGGGUCGGGUGCCACCGCAGCGGCGACGGACCACGACGACGUCGGGCCGCAGGAACUGUACGUCAGCGCAGCGCUGCGCCUGGCUGCCCUGCAGCUCGGCCGCUGCGGCCUGCAGCGCAUCAUCGUCGCGCUCGCCUUUCUCGCCAACGGCGGUGAGUCGUGCGAGGAGCGCCGCCUGCGCCGCAACACGAGUCUCUCCACGAAUAACCCUGAUCGCCGCGCGGCGAGCUCUUCGCAGGAGAUCAACCACUUUCAGCGGAGGGCGGGCUACACAGGGUCGGCGACCGCUGCCGCUGGGGCGGCCAGCUCCGGCACGCUUUACAACGCGGCGGGAACCGCGUUGAACGUGUCGGGCAGCAUGCCGCACUCUCUCGCCAGCUCCGGUAGCGCCCUGGCAGGCCGGCGCUUUUCCACCGCACCACACGCGCCGGCGCCGUCAACGAACACCUACAUGGUGAAUAACAACUGUAAUUAUUACGGCGGCCCGAAUCAAGGUGCGGGGACCGGCAACGCAGCGUACGUCAGUGGCACGUCGAUCGAUCAGCUCGCCUACAGUACCUCUGGCCGUGGAGGCGGUAGUAAUAGCACGUCGGUUGGGCAGGGCUACGCACACAUGGUGUGCCUGCCCUACUCCGCGCGUGGUCGGGAGGAAACGGAGUACCCCCUCGGUGCCUCCUCCCUCUCACACCGGCAGCGCUCUGUCUCCCCGCUGAGCGCCACCUCCGGGCCGGGCUCGCACUUGCUCUGUGCACGCCACCCCGCGGAGGUCGAGUUCGCGCCCGAGGAGCGCAGCUACAACAACACUCUGCUCACGUCGAUGAAUGCGCGCAGCACGGUGCUGAGUCCGCGGCGGACCGGGCUGCACGGCGAGCUGCUCUAUUCCAACUCCAGCUUCGGCACGCUCCUGUCUCUCUCGACCGGGGCGGCGGCGCACACCACACGCUCGCACCGCGGUGGUGGGACUGGUGAGCGUUCGCACAGCAACAGCGCAAUCCGGUCGCCGGUGUCGCCGUCACUUGUGCCCGCCACGCAGUGGGUCAUCCCCCCCGCACCGGCCGGCGGCCUCGGCACCUCCACCGGGGGUUCGAUGAGCGCAGCGAGCAGCGUCUCAACCAGUCUGUUCAGCAUGGCGUCGCCGCCGAAUGCGCUGGACCCGCGCCGGCGACCGGAGUCCUACUCCCGCCGGGUCGCUCAGCCGUCCUCGCCGUUCCCGAUCAACCGACUCCCCCCUGUCGGCACCGCAGGGAUCGGCGUGCUGUCCCGUCCCGUGAGCAUCGAGGGGAACAUGAACACGCUGACCUACCAGCUGCCGCACGCCGUCGGGGGGGGCUUCAGCCUCGAGCUUGGCGCCGGCAACAGCUGCUACAGCAGCAGCGACUACGAGGCGACAAUGGGGCACGCGCCGCUCUCACAUAGCUUGCACGACACGGCGCUUCAGUUCCUGCGGCCCGAGGCGGUCUUGACGGCGUUGUGCAGCACAUUUGCCCAUUUGCACCUCAGCACCGACGACGUCACGAACUUUGUCACGCUGCUUGUGGUGGCGGCGCUGGAGGUGCAGACCGACGCGCAGCUGCGCCGCAUGGUGGAGGCGGGGGAGGAGGUGACCCCGGAGAGCCUGCACACGCCGUCCAUGAAGCAGGUCCGCACCGCCGUGAAGGAUUCGCUGACGGUGCUGCUGACGCCCAUGUAUACCAAAACGCGUCUCUUGCUCUGCGCCGCAGCGGGGAUGGUAGAACGUGGUGCUGCGACGCCCCUGCCCUCCUCUGGGGGGCUCGAGAGCGGCGGCGCUGCACAGCACCAGCAGCACCAGCGGCAAUAUACGCCGAAGCCGGGGGGUACAUCCACAGCGGACUCCAAUGCCGGUUCCGUCUCCCUCCCCUCCGCCUUCACGCAAUCGGGAGAGCGCAACUUCAGCAUACCCGCCCCUCCUUUCCCUGGCUCACCGCUACGCAGCAUCGCCGCCACCACAACGGCUGACGACGAUGACAGCACCGCCACCACCAACGCCGACCUCGCCGCCCACGUGCGGGGAUUACACGGCUUUUUCGAGUCAACGGCGCCGAUAGAGUCGGCGUCGGGUGCGUUGAGUGCGAGUGCGGCCGCCGCGACCGUUCGCGCCGCCGCCGCCCCUCGCCUCUCGGCAACGCAGCGCAGCUCCGACGGUCGGCAGCAGCUACAGCAACAACAGGUGAGCGUCAAGGCGGCCGCCGUGGCCGCCGCGCCCUACGCGCACUCGUCCUACUCCGAAUCCGCUGCCGGCCCGACCUCGUGUGGAUCGAUACUGUCUCGGAGCGACACCAACGACGCCGUGGGGAACACGCCGAACCCGUUUCCCGGCCGCCCCGAGGCGAGCUUCGCCGCCCCAUCGCAGGAAGAGGUUCGCUGCGCCAGCAGCUUCCUGAUGGACGUGGAGGCCGCCUUCGUGCUGCACUACGCAGAGAUAAUUGAAGAUGUGGCCGCGGGCAAGCGCAAGUCCUCCACCGCCUCCUCCAUGCCCUCGACGCCGUCCUCGCCGACGCAGCGACUGCGGCAGCGUACGAGCAGCAUCACGAAGCGGCCUCAGCCUCUAACACCGUCUGCCGCUGCUGCCUCCUCAUCCGCCGCUUCCUCCUCAACUGCAAAGGCGUACCCGUGGAAGCGUCGCGGCGACGCAGACCCGGACAUGUUUGUCCAGCUCGGGAGCAACACAACGGUCUGGCCCCUGCGCACCCGCCUGCUCGUGCGCAGACAUGAGUACGUGUACGUGUAUGAUGCCAUGGCGAGUACGAUGGCGCUGCUGCGGGAAGAGAACCUCUACACCAGCGAGGGCGCCCCAGACGCGGCGGAGGCGGAGCGGGCACUGGCCUCUCGCGUGCCGCACCCCCACACGCCCAUCGCGCUGAUGGACCUGAACAAAGCCACGGUGGAGAAGAACGCGAACGAUCUUCAGGUACUGAGCGGGCCGGGGGACGUGGAGGUGGUGAGUCUGAUGCCGUCGCGUGUUAGCCGCAGCAGCCUUGUCAAUCCCAACGAGCGACGUGCGUCCACCAACCCCACCGCCACCAGCAGCGUCAAAAAUGGCGGUAGUAGUAGUGGUGGUGGUAGUGCGCGUUCGCCGAGCUGCUUCGACGACCUGCUGAACAGAUGCUGGACAGACGCGUAUGAGCAGGACAUGGAGGUGUACCGCAUGAAGGGCAGCACGGGGACCAUGUACCUCCUGACGGUGCCGGCAGAAUCAGAUCGCGUGAUGGUCUCCAUCGCGGCGACGUCGCCCUCGCGCCCGGCCAAGGAAGACGGAGCCGCAUCCAGCUCGACGAUGGCCGCCGGCGCGCCGACGGAGGAGGUCAUUCGCACCAGCGUCAUUCGCAGCUUUGAGCGCAACCGCCUUGUCCGCCCUGCCGUGCUCUCCCUGGCCUCAUCGGCGACAACCGCGGCGGGUGGGGGAGGGAAGGAGGGCGAGGACGUGAGCCGCGCCGCGCUCGGCAAGAGCCCUCGCAUUCAGUGCGCCUACAACGACGGCAACCGCGAGGUGCUAUCGCUGGAGCUGGGCAGCGAGCCGAUCCGCAUCGCCGCCUACCCACUGCGCCUCAUCUACAAAGGGGUGCUCCAUCACUUUUUCUUCCCCAAUCCAAGCGCACGGGACCACUGGUACCAGCAGCUCCUCCAGAUUUCCUGGAUGACGCAGUCGCGGCGGUACAUGGAAACCGUCGCGGCCGCCCCGCACAACGUGGAGCGCUUCAUACGCAAUCGCAUCAGCUUCCCGACCGGGCCGGGGGCGUUUGAGUGCCUGGACAUGUUAGGCGCCGGCACCUUUGGUCGGGUUCUCCUGGUUCAGCACAAACUCAGCAAGCGUCUCUUUGCCAUGAAGGUGAUUCGAAAGAGCGGCUUCCACGGUGUCCGAAACGUCAUCGAGGCGCGGCGCGAGAAGAAGAUUCUGGACCAGCUGGACUGCCCCUACAUCAUGAAGAUCCACAGCUCCUUCCAAACCGACAGCCGGGUCUACCUCCUCUUUGACUACCUGCCGGGGGCGGAGCUGCUGCUCCACACGCAGUCCGCCCACAGCUUCCACUUCGACGAGACGACAUCGCGCUUCUACAUUGCGGAGCUGGCGAUCGCCGUCGAGUACUUGCGAGUUCGUGGCAUUGUGCACCGCGACAUCAAGGGCGACAACCUCGUCCUCGAUGCGGAGGGGCACAUAGUGCUGACCGACUUCGGCUUCGCAAAGAACAUCACCUCCACCUCGGCGGCUGACCCCUACGCCCCACCGCAGGUCAUCCGACAGCACACGAGCUGCGGUACGCUAGCCUACAUCGCGCCGGAGGUGCUGUGCAACUCACGCCGGCGCAGCGGCUACGACUUGGCGGUCGACUGGUGGAGCCUUGGCGUGGUGCUCUUCACCUUCAUGACCGGGUUUUUUCCGUUCUUAAAGCCAACAGGCCCGGAGACGAGUCAGGCGAUCGUGUCGAGCCCAUUGCAGCUUCCUCCUCGCCCAACGCUCUCCAGCGAGGCACGCAGCCUGUUGAGUGAGCUGCUGCAAAAAAGUCCAGAGAAGCGCAUUACCUGCCUUGCCGAUCUGCGUCAUCACCGCUUCUUCGAGGGCUUCGACUGGACUGCCUGCCAGGAGCGCCGUCUACCGCCGCCGCUGGUGCUGCACAAAGACUCCUACCGCAGUCCCCGCACAACGGCAGACGCGCGACAGCUGCUGCAGGACCGCGUGCACCGCUCGCUCGCCUGGUCCGCGGGGCAGACGGAUGUGCCGUACGUGGCACCGUCCCACUCCCGCCGCCCCGCCUCCGACAAACUCUCGAUCCAGCAUCAGCCGCAGCUGACGGAAGAGCAGGCGGAACUGAAGCUGCUUGAGCAGGCGUACGGGCCGGACUGCAUGCCGAAGCCGCUGUCGAGCUGCAACGACGUCUUCGGCCCCUUCUUUGAUCAGCAGGAGAUCUGCGGCAGCGACCGCGAAGAAAGCGAUCUCGAGGACCUGAACAUGGAGGACUACGUCGCAGACCUGUCGAACCCAGCCCUCGAAGCGCUAAAGCGGCUGCGCGAGAAUGGGGUGUCGCAGGAACUCUGCGCGUCUCCGUCGGACAUCUCCUUCAACAGCGUCUAUCAGGAGUACGUGUACGCUGGCGAGGACAGGGAGGCGGUCGCAGCUGGGCUGUCGAGGCCGGGGAAGAUGGUGCCGCUGCCGGCGCCGCCGACGAUGAUACAUUUUAACGAAGAACUUUACUGCGAUGUUGCCUUGGCCAAGUACAAUCCUGCGGUCAAAUGA